UUUCACAAAAACAACUUGAAAAGUUCUGAUAUUAAAGAAUUGUGGCUUUUAAUUACACAUUGAAUAAACAUCCUGAAUUAUAAAUACAUUUGUCAUCUAUUUUAAGGGUACUUUUACACAUUCGUUUUCAAUCUGGUAGUGAGACGAAAAUGGUAUGUACUCAACAAUUGUGGAUCAUCACAAAUGUUCAAUUUACCGACGUCAUCACAUGCAAUAUUCGUUGUAAACAAGCUUAUUGUGUCACCCGACAGAGAGAAAGAAAGAAAGAGUAAGAAAGGAUACUAUAUCAUAUAUGUAUAUAUUAUGAGAGAGAAAGAAAAAAAUAGACAGAGAGAGAGAGAGAGAGAGUACACGUAACAAACUUCAUUCCAAUUAUGGUAAAAUAUGAUAAUAACUUGAUAAAAUUUGAUUUACCAUAAAGAAGAAGUAAUAAAGUAUUCUCUUUCUUAUAUUAUUGCGUUACAACAAAUAUUUCUAUUUAAAUAAUAAGAGAACACAAACUCAAUACUAUUUCGUGCUUUCAUGAAAAAAAAUGUUCAGUAUUGGUAAAGCCUCCUGUACAUAGGUCCGCCAUUGAUAAAAAGAAAGUUCAUGAAUAGUAAGCAUCCAUUACACAUCUUUUCGACGAACAUUCUGAAUCAUUCCUCUCAUAUACUUCUUCAUUUUGCAAAAACACGCGAAAGAGAUAACGCUAUUUUUUGAAUCGGCUUUUAUUAUUAAAUGUAGGUCGUGUUCCUUUAUCACACGUUGUCCGUGCUGAAAAAGUAGAUGAAAAACAAAAAAAAGAGGACAGAAAAUACAUCGAGGUAUAUUCUCUGUAGUUUUCCCUAUCAUUAAAACAUACAUUCGCGAAGUAAAUGAAACACAGAAGAAAUAUUAACUAUCUUUAUACGAAAAAAAGAAUUGGAAAAUUCACCGAACCGUUCUGUUCGAUUUUCGUGUAAAUUUUCAUAUAAAAGAAUAUUCGUUUGAAACACGAGUUUACUUCUGUACGAGUGUCCUUUUUUCCUUCCGGACAAAUAUCGUUCGAACAUGGAUUACGAACACCAAAUCGAAAUAAAUCUUAUUACCACGUCUCUAUCGGUCUUCCAGUAUCCACAUUCUGGAAAGUGGAAUGCUUUUCUUUUCUUUUUAUUCCUUCCCAUCUAUGAUCACCGAUCUUAGCAGGUACGCAUAUGAUCUUGAGGCUUUUUAUAAACGGAGGCAUCUUGGAAGGGUUUCAAUUAAUCAAAAUGAAAACCUAAUGAAUGAUCUACGAUGAAAGGUGAAGAGAAUGAAAAAAAAUUAAUCUUUGGGUAUAAUUUCAUCAGUUUGCUAUCUUUGAUAAGUGUCUGCGUGUCUAACGAGAAAUCCAAAGAUUUUUUACUUGCGUGUUAUACAAACAUCAAGCGAUCUUAAUGCAAACAUUAAUUAAAUCGAUUCGAGCCUCUCUGUUCUAUUGCAAGGUAACGCUGUUUCAACCGAAAUGUUCGAACUAAUCAGACUCGAUCGACGAAAUAGUACCAAAUUACUCAAUAAAAGAUCAAGAAGCUAAGGUUUUCAACGCAUCCACAUAAAGAACCACAAUAGCUUUUUCUUCACAAAAAAAAAACAUGUCGAUUUCGAGAAUUAACAUUUGUUGGAAUGGAAAACUUUGAAACUCUAAUGGGACGAAUUAUAAAGACUCCACGAAUGAUAAAAAGAGAUCGAAAUUUUCUUCCAUUUAACAGUCAUGGAUUUGCUAUCAUCAUAGCAAAACAUAUGAUAACGAUACGAACAUAUUCUUCUUUGGAGAAUAAAAAGUAAAGAGAUUUGAAAAAAAAGAAUGAAUAAUAAAAAGGUAUUAUAAAUUAAAGUUACACAUCGUGAAAGAGCUCCGAACGAUAGUCAGUUGACAGCCUCACGAGAAUAAUUUUGAUUCUACUUCUUUUUUUAUCUCGUCAGACAACGGUCACAUGAGUAAUAUGAAUCACAUGAGUCCAUUUGAUAAUGAUUAUGUAGAUACUUGUUUGCACAAGCUGACAAGUUGGCGGGAUCGUGAACAGGUCAAUCGUUAUGAUUAGUUCUCUUACAUGGUCGUCGCAAGUUUCUGCGAGUUAUACAUCGAUGUGCCUGAUAAACGAUGCAGGAGAUAAGAAAGUGGAGAGAGAGAGAAAGAAGAGGGGGCAAUAUAGUAGAUACAUUUUUUCAGAUUUCUUUCCGCACACUCCCACUUCUUUUUUAUAACCAAUCAGCCUAUCCUUCUCUUUCCUUCUCUAUCUGAAUCGUGUUUGACACCCUUCUUCCCUCUCUUUUCCUUUCUUUCUUUUACUCCAUCUCUUAUGCUCUUUGUCCAGGUCGUUAGCAUAAUAACGUCAAGUGUUUUACCUCGAUAGUAGUCAGUACGUGCAGUUGUUCUGUUCGCAUCACAUCGAUCACAUUGAGUCACGCUCAUUUCGCCAAAUUACAUAAUCCACAAUACUCAAUACUUCCUACGUUCGAGAUACACACGAGUAGGUAUAUAUAUAUGAAUCUAUAUAUAUAUCCAAUAUAUAUAUAUAUGUAGAUUCAUCUCACACGUUUGCACAUUGCCGAAGAGAACAGAUAUUAAGAACAAGAAGUGGAAGAAGAAGGAAAAAAGAAAAAAAAAGAAGACCUAGCCACGUGACUUUUUCGUUCACAGACAAUCUCACGAGUGAUCUUGAGAGAUAGACUACUAAGCGGCUCUUCGAAGGUACUUCUUUGCACUCGAGACUCGAGUACUCUCGAUCCGGAUAGUUAAAAUCGACCUCGUGGUAUUCUCUACGAAGACAACAAGUUCGUGAGUGAAACGGACGUCACCACGAUAUUUCAAGAUGACUAUCGAAGCGUCUUCGAUGAUAGUCGAUUAUCUGAUCUUUAUUGCUUUUAUCGUUAUAUCCUUCGUCCUGCCAUUGUGGGGAAAAUUUCGACGAAAAACGAAAGAGACCAAGGCAGAUUAUGUCUUCGCUACUGGACACAUUUCCAUGGGUGCAAUGAUGUUAUCCAUUGCUAGAGGUACAUUAGGUGUUAGGAGUUUCCUCGGUUAUCCUUCCGAACUUUACUAUAGAGGCAACGCCAUGUGGGAGACACUAUAUGGCAUGCUCUUGGCAUACCCCAUCGUUUGCUACAUCUUCGUGCCGAUUUACUACGAUCUUGGGAUCACUUCAGUUUAUCAAUACUUGGACAUGAGAUUCAAAUCGAAGCUGGUAAGAUGCAUUGCAAGCUUUUCUUAUGUGAUACGAAGUUUGUUGAAUUUAGCAGUCACAGUUUUCACACCGUGCGUUGCUUUAAAAGCUGUUAUCGGUUUACCUUACUGGGCCAGCAUAAUCGGUAUCGUCACGAUAUCGGUAAUUUUUACGUUAAUGGGAGGUUUAAAGGCUGCCAUUUUAUCAGACGUUAUACAGGGACUCAUGAUGAUAGGAAUAUCGAUAGUUUUAAUCGUCCAAGGUACCAUAGAAGUACCAGGUGGAGUUAAGCAAGUCCUCAAUGUCACUAUCGAACGUGGUCGUUGGGAAUUCUACAACUUCGACAUGGAUCCUACGCUACGUGUAACGACAAUAUCAGCAGUGCUCGGUCAGCUUUUCAUGAGUCUAUCUAUUUUCGGAUGUCAACAGAAUUUCGUUCAGAGGUACUGCAGUAUGAAAAGCAAGAGAGAAGUUGUGAAGACUAUGAUGGCAAACGUACCGACCAUUGCUGUUCUCUUCUCGCUUUCCUGGGUGGUGGGAAUGGUGAUCUUUGCCAACUACGCCGACUGCGAUCCUUUCAGUUUAGGUUAUAUCUCUAAGUUUGAUGAGAUUGUGCCGUUCUUCAUACAAGACAAAUUCCUUAACAUGCCAGGUCUAUUAGGUUUGGUAAUGGCGACUCUCUUCAACAGUGCUCUAACAAUAGCUGUCUCAAACUUGAAUUCUCUGGCAACGGUAACGUUCGAGGACUUUCUAAGUCAAAUUCCAGCACUGAGUAAUCUCAAAGAUACAAUGCAGCUACGAAUGAUCAAGAUAAUGUCCGUCUUCUAUGGAGUACUAAUAAUCGGUAUCAGUUUCGUCGUAGCUAUGCUAUCCGGAGUGAUAGAAUCGUCGAUGCUAAUGACAUCGGCUACUUCCGGCCCUCUAUUAGGCGUUUUCAUUCUUGCAAUGCUCAUACCGUGUGCUAAUUGGAAAGGUGCAGCCGCAGGAAUGAUCUUCAGUCACUGUACAACACUUUGGUUGACCUUUGGACAUCUCACUGUGGAAACGAAAGAUGAUAUAUUAUCCUUGUCAACGGAAGGCUGCCAGAAUGAUACCUUCUCAUCUUGGAUAACGAAACCAAGCAAUAUGUUAAAUUCCGUAUCAAACGUAUCAGCAAUUGUCAACAAUCAUAAUAUCGAACCAUUGAGUCUGUUAAACAAAGAAACCUCCGAGAAUCCACUGAUCUUUAUUUAUGGGAUUACUUAUAUGUAUUACGCUCUGAUUGGCAGCGUAUCAACGGUUCUAAUCGGAAUAAUAGUUAGUCUAUUCACGGCUAAUCCCAAAGAAGACACUUACGAACUACACUUGCUCCAUCCUAUAGCGUACAAAUUGUCGAAGUUCUUCCCGGGUAAAGAGAGACGCUAUGCGAGUAGUACACGUCUCGACAAUGGAAGCAAUGUAAUGAAUGCUACUUCUUCCUGCUCUAUUACAUCGAUUUCAACUGGAAACGAGAAGACAACUACAGUUCAUGGAAUGCUAGAUAAUGACGGAAAACUUCACUUUGAACACGAUUAUAUCCAAAAACUAAGCGCUCUGAAGGGUGUAAACUCGUUGGAGGUUACGAAUGAAAUUUUCAAGGGAACGAGACUAUGAGAAUGCUCAUUAAUAACUAGUCCAAAAUUCAUUUCGUUGAUCACACUCGGUGUCAUGAUAUUGUGGACGUGCAAGCUUACUGCCAGACUGUGAAAUUAAGUUGAGUAUUGAACGAUAAUAUAAUACCGAUUGAAAUAUUCGAACUCGACCGACACUUAGAUUCGACGUGCCAUAAUAGAAUAGACACGCCGUUCUCAAAUUCCAAAAAAUGAUCGACUGUCAGAACGUAUGCGAUCAAAGACGGAUUAUUUAACGGAUGUAAAAUAAUUUCCUUUACGAUACCAAACACAGCCGAAUCUUGAUUGAAGGCACAAAAAGCGUUCUAGCUUCGGCGAAAGACUGACGAUCCGGUCGUUGACCGGUGAUAUUCACUUUUCUGCCAUUUUUUUCUUCUUAUUGUUCUUUAUCACGAUAUAUGAGAGAUCCAAACUUUAGAAAGAUUUGCGAUUACAUUUUCGAGAUGAAAAAAUAUUCAUCGACUCGAACGAAUUUCACAUCUAGAUACUUUUUUGGUAUUAUAGAUAUUUGAUCAUUUAAUAUUAUUUAAAAUGAGAGAAAAGAAGUAUUGCGAAUUCGAACUUGAAUUUAAAUAAAUUUAUCAUAAUAAUGAAUUACAAAUGAUGAAAGCGUACGUAUAUUUGAUACGCAAAUUUUAGUUUGCGCUUUUUAAUUUGAUUUUAUUUCUCCUUUUUUGUUUUGUAAAUAUCGCAGUGUGCGCCAUGAUUGAACAAUGAAUGAAAUAAAUUCUAUAAUGCCAUAAAUGUCUAUGAUUUGACAUCAAUGAGCAUAUUUAGCUUUAACACUAAUUCUACUAUUUUACAAUAGUUCGAAUAUAUAUAUAUAUAUAUAUAUAUAUAUAUAUAUAUAUAUAGCGUAGAAAAUUUGUUAAUGUUGGAUGAGAUAAUGGAUUUUUACUAAAUACGUAUAAAUGUAGAUUUUGUACCAAAUUAGCGUUUAUUAUUCUUAAAUAUAAUCUUCACAAUUGAA